AGGUACUGACGUUGGGGAGCGGGGCCGGAGAGGGCUGGUUCGCUCUGCGGCCGGGCCCCUCCCCCGCCCGGGAGCUUGGCGGUUCCGACACCGCGGUCAGUGCGGGGCAAGCCCCAGACCCGGCCAGGCUGCAGGGCAGGGAGUAAGGCUCGGUUGCGAGUGCGCGCCGCGCCCUCCCCCUUGAGCCGUCUCCGCAGCGGCGCGGGGAGGCGGGAGCUGCGGGGCCGGAGGGCGGGGGCUAAAAAUACCCGGCAGCGGCGGCGGCGGCGCGGCUACUGCUGGGGCUGCUGGGCUGCGGGGCUGCGGGCCGGGGAGGCCGGGCCGGGCCCCGCUGACCGCCAUGCUGACCUUCUUCCUCGUGUCGGGGGGCUCCCUCUGGCUAUUCGUAGAGUUUGUCCUCUCACUUCUGGAGAAGAUGCAGACACAGGAGAUCCUGAGGAUACUGCGACUGCCUGAGCUAGGUGACUUGGGACAGUUUUUCCGCAGCCUCUCGGCCACCACCCUCGUGAGUAUGGGUGCCCUGGCUGCCAUCCUUGCCUACUGGUUCACUCACCGGCCAAAGGCCUUGCAGCCGCCAUGCAACCUCCUGAUGCAGUCAGAAGAAGUAGAGGACAGUGGCGGGGCACGGCGAUCUGUGAUUGGGUCUGGCCCUCAGCUACUUACCCACUACUAUGAUGACGCCCGGACCAUGUACCAGGUGUUCCGCCGUGGGCUUAGCAUCUCAGGGAAUGGGCCCUGUCUUGGUUUCAGGAAGCCUAAGCAGCCUUACCAGUGGUUGUCCUACCAGGAGGUGGCCGACAGGGCUGAAUUUCUGGGGUCCGGACUUCUCCAGCACAAUUGUAAAGCAUGCACCGAUCAGUUUAUUGGAGUUUUUGCACAAAAUCGGCCAGAGUGGAUCAUUGCGGAGCUGGCCUGCUACACAUAUUCCAUGGUGGUGGUCCCACUCUAUGACACCCUGGGCCCUGGGGCUAUCCGCUACAUCAUCAAUACAGCGGACAUCAGCACCGUGAUUGUGGACAAACCUCAGAAGGCUGUGCUUCUGCUAGAGCAUGUGGAGAGGAAGGAGACUCCAGGCCUCAAGCUGAUCAUCCUCAUGGACCCAUUUGAAGAAGCCCUGAAAGAGAGAGGGCAGAAGUGUGGGGUGGUCAUUAAGUCCAUGCAGGCCGUGGAGGACUGUGGCCAAGAGAAUCACCAGGCUCCUGUGCCCCCGCAGCCUGAUGACCUCUCCAUUGUGUGUUUCACAAGCGGCACGACAGGGAACCCAAAAGGUGCGAUGCUCACCCAUGGGAACGUGGUGGCUGAUUUCUCAGGCUUUCUGAAAGUGACAGAGAAAGUGAUCUUUCCGAGACAGGACGAUGUGCUCAUCUCCUUCCUGCCUCUGGCUCACAUGUUUGAGAGAGUAAUCCAGUCUGUCGUCUAUUGCCACGGAGGGCGUGUUGGCUUCUUCCAGGGAGACAUCCGCCUUCUCUCAGAUGACAUGAAGGCUCUAUGCCCCACCAUCUUCCCUGUGGUCCCACGACUGCUGAACCGGAUGUACGACAAGAUCUUCAGCCAGGCAAACACACCAUUAAAGCGCUGGCUCCUGGAGUUUGCAGCAAAGCGUAAGCAAGCCGAGGUCCGGAGUGGAAUCAUCAGGAAUGAUAGUAUCUGGGAUGAACUCUUCUUUAAUAAGAUUCAGGCCAGUCUUGGUGGGUGUGUGCGGAUGAUUGUUACUGGAGCAGCCCCAGCAUCACCAACAGUUCUGGGAUUUCUCCGGGCAGCUCUAGGGUGCCAGGUUUAUGAAGGUUAUGGCCAAACUGAGUGCACAGCUGGAUGUACCUUCACCACGCCUGGCGACUGGACCUCAGGGCACGUAGGGGCGCCACUUCCCUGCAAUCAUAUCAAGCUCGUUGAUGUUGAGGAACUGAACUACUGGGCCUGCAAAGGAGAGGGAGAGAUAUGUGUGAGAGGACCAAAUGUGUUCAAAGGCUAUUUGAAAGAUCCAGACAGGACGAAGGAGGCCCUGGACAGCGAUGGCUGGCUUCACACUGGAGACAUCGGAAAAUGGCUGCCGGCAGGAACUCUUAAAAUUAUUGAUCGGAAAAAGCAUAUAUUUAAACUUGCUCAGGGAGAAUAUGUUGCACCCGAGAAGAUUGAGAACAUCUACAUCCGGAGCCAACCUGUGGCGCAAAUCUAUGUCCAUGGGGACAGCUUAAAGGCCUUUUUGGUAGGCAUUGUUGUGCCUGACCCUGAAGUUAUGCCCUCCUGGGCCCAGAAGAGAGGAAUUGAAGGAACAUAUGCAGAUCUCUGCACAAAUAAGGAUCUGAAGAAAGCCAUUUUGGAAGAUAUGGUGAGGUUAGGAAAAGAAAGUGGACUCCAUUCUUUUGAGCAGGUUAAAGCCAUUCACAUCCAUUCUGACAUGUUCUCAGUUCAAAAUGGCUUGUUGACACCAACACUAAAAGCUAAGAGACCUGAGCUGAGAGAGUACUUCAAAAAACAGAUAGAAGAGCUUUACUCAAUCUCCAUGUGAAGUUCAAGGAAAGUUCUUCUCAGUAUAAUGAACUGUGUAGCAAUAUUAUAGUUAUUCUUGAAAGUAAUGAGUCAAAAUGACACAGCUGAAAAUGAAUAAGCAUCUGAUUUUAUGACUGAGCCUUUUCCUGUCCCAAGAGGUCUUUAACAAUAUUUUCUCUAUCAUCAAUGAGUAUACUUUAUUUUUAUUAUUAAAAUGAUAUUGUGGUGGGCUGCUAAAAAUAUCACAAAUGGCAAUGUAAAAAUCAAGACAUUUUCUCAAGAACUGUGUACCACUAAAAGUAAUAUAUUGUCAAUGUUCACAGAACUAUUAAACAUAAAGGAAAAACAUAAGUGAUAUAUUCUACUUAAUUAUUUGUGAAUCAGUAACCAGAUGCAGCAAAUAUCUAGGCAAUGUGGACUACCUCAUUCAGUAACUGAUUGUCAAAAUCACAAUUAAAUCAGACUUCAAAAAUUAAA